AUGCUGGGCCGACUCUUGAGCACGGCUGCGUCAAGCUUGAAUCCGACAGCAUUCUCUUCGAGAAAUCAUGGAACCCCCCUCGAAUCAGUAACCGAGGAGGAGCAUACCUCCGGCCUCCUCUUCCCCGAUGCUAGUCUCCUCCGACGUUCCAAUACCCAUGCCUACCCACUACAGACAACUUUCCACUCCCCGAAUGCCUCGACAGCCGGCGCCUAUGAUGACCGUGGAGGAAUGGAAUUGGAUGCCCUCAAGGACUUCCGGGUGGUUGUGGCCCAGAAUGCCUUGGGCGAUCGCGACGCCUGCAUUCUACUGGACACCCGUGCAUCAUCCGACCAAUCUCCCACAGGUCUCGGUAUCGACUCUCAAGGAUUUGAACAAUCUGGUGCUAGACAUGCUCGAACAGUAUCUAGUCUUUCGCGUGGAUCUCGCCGCAGUUUCCUCACCCAAUCUGGAGUCGACGCCGCCGGUCCUCUUUCGUCAGCUGCAAGUGCACGUCGAUCGUCGAUUGCGAGCCCUGGAGCCCUAGGGCGUGCACGAGGGCGUAGCUCUACAUUAGCACAAGGUGGCCCAUCACAUGAUUCUGGUCAAUCGCGCCAUUCAGUUGAUGCCAAUGACACUGGCCUUCUCAAUUGUAUCUUUGGUAGUAGCGCAUUUAGCUACCGAGGAUCUUCCACGAAAAUGCAUAUCAUAUCCGCCGAUGAUGAACCACAAACAUUAGCAAGCGCAUCCCCCGCAGCGCGAAGCCCGCUUGCCCGCGCAUACACUACUGGAAGCCCCGCAGGGUUUAUGGGUCCAUCCAAAGGACCGGACAAGCCACCUUCAAAAGUUACCGUGCUGCUGACACGAAUGUUCAGUGUCAAUCUUCCAGAAGGGCCUGAAGCAUCUGCCGAAAGGCAGGACUAUGCCACUGCCCUCUACCAGGAAUCCUUUCCAGAAAUGGAGUUCCCCUUUCCCGACGUCUCAAAAAGAAAGAAGAUCAAGGAGAAGAAAACGCCCAUGUAUGCUGUUGCCAUAACCAUUCAAAUCCCUCUACUUGCGCGAAAUGCCCCUCGACCCGUGUCCAGAUUCAGUACUCUAGGACCUGAUUCCCCUCGUCCAGGAAUGUCUAGUUCUUUGGACUCGGACUACCGCAUGCCUGGGUUUCUUUUAGAUGACAGUUUAUCAUCAGCGAACCCCCCUGCGAGCUUAGAUGAGCGCUUGGACCUGCUGGUUGAUCACUGGGAUGUCAUUACGCGGACUUUAUCUCACCUCGAGAGACUUGCACGAAAUGAGAUUUUGUUUCUAUUGAAAAAGGUUGAUUCUUUAUCGGGACCACAUCCAAAGCCUGCCAAACCUCCCAAUAUGCAACGAACCAAUCAGACUAUCGUCCACCUGCCUGCCAACAUACUUUCGGUGAACUCUAAGCUGAAAGAAGAAGCCAUUCGCAGCUCUCGUCGAAUAAGCCUGGCUCUUCAAACUCCAUAUGUCGUGACUGGCCAAAGUCGUUGGGGAGUGUGGCGAGAAGAAGGUCGUUCGAUUGUUCGAGGCCUUGGCGACAAGGAGAGCAACUUCUUCUUCUUAGUGUUACUUACCGCAUUUCUCGGCAACCAUACUGAGUGGUUGAAUGCUAUUGGCCCUGAAUGGCACCGGCGUCGCCAUAACCAGCAGCAAAAGUCCCAACAAGACACAGACCCAGCCCUUAUCCGUCGAACGGUUAUUGUUUGCCCAGACAAAAUGACGGCUAGGCGAUUGGUCUUCUUAUUAUCUGCCUUCCUCCCUUCGAAACAGCGUAUAGAGCCAAUCCCAUCACCUCUUCGACCAGGGACAUCAGCAUCCAUGCGCGCUGUUUCCCAGAGUCCACCGGGAGUUCCAGUACUCCGUCAAGAGUCAUUGAGAAGAGCGAUCGAGCGUCGUGCACGCGCGCAACGAUUGACUCAAGGUGAUAGUCACCAGCACCGCCGCUCAGUCAGCGUUUCAUCUCAAGAUACAAACCAACGUUCAUUUGAUGGGGCCGAUCAGCCGGCCCCGGCUGAAGUCACUUCUGCAUCUGCACGCAGAGGGUCGGAUGCGCGUUCAAUCAAAACGAUAAGCGCUACUAUCCAGACAAAGGACUCAAGAUCUAAGGCCACGAGUGGAGCAACAACGUCCAUGACAACACAGAGCAGUACAGUCCCAGUUCCGCAUUUCUCAUCGCAGCAGCUUCGUGCCAGCCAAGCCGCAUCGGAUCGCAGCGCGGUGGAUACCAACGAAAGUCUGGCAUCGGAAACUUUGCUUAAAAACUUGCAAAGAAGUGAUAGCUCUACGCUGCCUUCCAAUGGCAGUGUUCCAUCCGCCGGGGGUCGUUGGGGUGGCCUGUUCUCCGGCCUAUGGAACUCGCGCCAGGAGUCCUCAACUGAGGGUAGUGACAUUUAUUCGCCCGCCAAUUUACGCAAGAGGUCGGUUUCCACCAUUGCUGGUACCCCUAUGCGUGCCCCGCCCUCAUUGAACCAGAUGGUCAAGGAAGUGACAGAUGACGAAGCAAAUGAUCGUUCAGAAAUCACACCCAUCAGUGGGAACAUAUCAAUUCCAGCUGCUGCUACCAACAGGGCCGAGGAAGAAACCGUUGAACCAUCAUCCCUUACUAGCCAAGCCCGUGAAUCGCCUCUGAAGUUGUCAGUACGAGCAGAAGAGGGCGUUGUGGAUGUUGACGUUCCACUUCCAGGUUUCUUGUCUCUAUCUUCCUCGGGCGAUUCAACCAUUGCUUCACCGAAGAAGACAAGGACAUCGAUCACAAGCUUUGAUGCUCUUCCUUCAACUCACAGUAGUGGCUCUGGAUUUCACAGUUCUGCAAAGGACAACGAUGGACCCAGUACGCAUGUUGCUGGCUGGUUGAAACUGUUCCAUGAAGAUUUUUCCUUGCAAGCAGUAAGGCCAUAUGCCUCUUUAGAGGCAGACAUUAAACGAGCAAUGCAAGCCGAGCCCUCCCCCUACAUCCCCUCCACUCCUGAUGCCGAGGGGUCAGAAAGAUGGGUAGAUGUUGCGACGACUUUGGUUGCAGAUACCCGAUCUUCUUCCAUCAAGCGUCUUAGAUUGAGACGGAAGAUAAUCGUGGGCCAUCACGGUGGACAAACACAUACUCCUCCCUCUCCGGCAAUAGGUUCUACCCGCUAUUCCGCAGCUUCAAACUCACAAUUUCCUGGCUUCUUCUCCACACACGGCAAGUCUCCAGAAGGCCCCGUUAUCGAGGGUCAAGAUCCACAAUACGUCGAAGAGCGAUUCAUUGAGGAACCUGUUAUGGACCUGGACGGAAUCUUGGUGGAUGCUGUCGAACGAGUCCUUGGUCAAAGUGGCUAUUCGUCUCUUGCUCAUUCUAGAGCUCCAUCUCCGACACGUGCUCGCCGAGGGGAGGAUAAGGGCCAAACCACUCCCCGUGGAGAAGACGCGCCUCCAGUUGAAGUUCCUCGUACCGAGUGUCGAAAGAUGGUCCUGGGUGCCCUUGAAGAGGUUGUCCGCAUUGUCACCGACGAGCAUAACCGUGAAGAUAGCGAGCUGGGAUUAGCUGACCGGGAGCGGAGACGAGCUCUGGCAGGAGCUGACAAUACGCUUCGUGAAGGCAUUCGAAAAUGGCUUCUCGAUGUGGAGGAAUCCUUCUAG